AUGUCGGACGACCGCAAGCCAUCGGUGGUGCUCGAGGCCCACGAGGUCGACACCUUCCAUGUCCCAAAAGUAUUCCAUGACAAGCACCCAACUGGAACCCACCUUAAAGACCUCGACGAGUACAAGAAGCUGUACGAGGAAUCUAUCAAGAGCCCCGACAUUUUCUGGGCUCGCAUGGCUCGCGAGCUUCUCACGUUUGAUCGAGACUUCCAGACCACACAUUUCGGCUCCUUCGAGAACGGUGACAACGCCUGGUUCGUGGAAGGCCAGCUAAACGCUUCCUAUAAUUGUGUGGAUCGCCACGCAUUGAAGAACCCGGACAAGGUCGCCAUCAUCUACGAGGCCGAUGAACCUAAUGAAGGUCGUACCAUCACUUACGGGGAACUGCUUCGCGAGGUCUCUCGCGUAGCCUGGGUGCUGAAGCAGAGUGGCGUGAAGAAGGGUGACACCGUAGCCAUCUAUCUGCCCAUGAUCCCCGAGGCUGUCGUUGCUCUGCUAGCCUGUGCUCGUAUCGGCGCUGUUCACUCUGUGGUGUUUGCUGGUUUCUCCUCCGACUCAUUGCGUGACCGUGUCAUCGAUGCCCAGUCCAAGGUCGUCAUCACGACUGACGAGGGUAAGCGUGGCGGAAAGGUGAUUGGCACCAAGCGCAUUGUAGAUGAGGCUCUGAAACAGUGUCCUGAUGUUACCACCUGUUUGGUCUACAAGCGCACUGGCACCGAGGUGCCUUGGACUCAGGGCCGCGAUCUGUGGUGGCACGAGGAAGUUGAGAAGUAUCCCAACUACUUGGCUCCCGAGGUCAUGAACUCGGAGGACCCCUUAUUCCUGCUGUAUACCUCUGGCUCGACCGGUAAACCCAAGGGUGUGAUGCACACGACUGCCGGGUAUUUGCUUGGUGCAGCCAUGACCGGGAAGUAUGUCUUUGACAUUCACGACGACGACCGCUACUUCUGUGGCGGUGAUGUUGGCUGGAUUACGGGACACACCUACGUCGUGUAUGCUCCUCUACUGCUUGGCUGUGCUACGGUGGUGUUCGAGAGUACUCCCGCUUACCCCAACUUCUCUCGCUACUGGGAUGUCAUCGACAAGUACGACGUGACCCAAUUCUACGUCGCGCCUACUGCGCUCCGUCUCUUGAAGCGCGCGGGUGACGAACACAUUCAUCACAAGAUGAAGUCGCUGCGCAUUCUGGGUUCCGUUGGUGAACCCAUCGCUGCUGAGGUGUGGAAGUGGUACUUCGAAUCGGUCGGCAAAGAGGAGGCUCAUAUCUGUGACACAUACUGGCAAACCGAGACAGGUUCGAACGUGAUUACACCCUUAGGUGGUAUCACCCCAACCAAGCCCGGCAGUGCCUCUCUGCCGUUCUUCGGUAUUGAGCCCGCCAUCAUCGAUCCGGUCUCUGGUGAAGAAAUUACUGGAAAUGACGUCGAGGGCGUGCUGGCUUUCAAGCAGCCUUGGCCUAGCAUGGCUCGCACUGUUUGGGGAGCUCACAAACGCUACAUGGACACCUACCUCAAUGUUUACAAAGGAUACUACUUCACUGGAGAUGGUGCCGGUCGUGAUCAUGAAGGAUACUACUGGAUUCGUGGCCGCGUUGACGACGUAGUCAACGUCUCUGGCCAUCGUCUGUCUACAGCCGAGAUUGAGGCAGCCCUACUCGAGCACCCUAUGGUUGCCGAGGCUGCCGUCGUUGGUAUCGCCGACGAGCUCACUGGCCAGGCUGUCAAUGCCUUUGUUGCUCUCAAAGAGGGCAAUGAAACUACGGACCAGGUUCGCAAAGAUCUGAUUAUGCAAGUCCGCAAGUCGAUCGGACCUUUUGCAGCUCCUAAGGCCACCUUCGUGAUUGAAGAUCUUCCCAAGACCCGCAGUGGAAAGAUUAUGCGCCGCAUUUUGCGCAAGAUUCUCAGUGGCGAGGAGGACAGUCUUGGCGACACCUCAACUUUGUCUGAUCCCGGUGUCGUGGAUAAAAUCAUUGCAACUGUCCAUGCCGCUCGUGCUAAAUAA